UCCAUAUCUACUUCAUAUCAUAUUGAAAUUGAAGAAACAAAAUGCCAAUUUCAACCUCUACCAUCACUUCAAUUUCACCCAAAAAUCAACUAAAUAUUUUUGCAGGAAGCCGGGAAGAAGAUGAAGUGGAAGAUCAGAAGCUGAGUCAUGAAUUUAAACAAUUUCUUGGUUCUCUUCCAAAAGAAAAAGGUUGGAGAACUCCUUAUAUUUAUCAAUUUCAAAACUUUUGGUGCCAACCGAAAGAAAUUCAAUCAAUUAUCUCAUUCCAAACCCAUUUUCAAGCAAGAAAUAGUGAUGUUAUUGUAGCUACAAUACCAAAAUCAGGCACCACAUGGCUUAAAGCCCUAACUUUCGCUAUCUUGAACCGCAAGAAACUCCCGUUAUCAUCAAAAUCGCAUCCUUUGCUCAACUCAAACCCUCAUGAUCUUGUCCCUUUCUUCGAAUACAAGCUUUACGCAAAUCUCCAAGUUCCCGACCUAUCAAAACUUCCAAACCCUAGAUUAUUCGCCACCCACGUUCCGUUUCUUGCGUUACAAGAAACCAUCAAGAAAUCCAAUUGUAAGAUCGUUUACAUCUGUAGAAACCCUUUUGACACUUUCAUCUCUUCUUGGUUUUACAGCAACAAACUAAAAUCAGAAACUAAACCUAAUUUGCCUUUAGAUGAAUGUUUCGACAAAUAUUGCAAAGGAAUCGUUGGAUUCGGUCCGUUUUGGGAACACAUGUUAGGGUAUUGGAAUGAGAGCAAAGAAAAUCCUGAUAAAGUGCUGUUCUUAAAAUAUGAAGAUUUGAAAGAAAACAGUUUAUUUCAGUUGAAGAAGUUGGCCAAAUUCCUAAAUUGUCCUUUUUCAAUUGAAGAAGAAAAAAGUGGUGCUAUUGAAGAGGUGGACAAAUUUUGUAGCUUUGAGAAAUUAAAAGAGUUGGAAAUUAAUAAAUCUGGAAGAUCUAUUUUGAAUUGUGAGAAUAGACAUUUAUUUAGAAAAGGUGAGGUUGGUGAUUGGGUUAAUUAUUUGUCCCCUUCAAUGGUGGAGAGGUUGACUAAUAUUAUAGAGGACAAGUUAGGUGGGUCUGGUCUUCAGUUUAAGGUCUUUUCCUAGACAUGUUUAAUCACUACUUCUAGAUGUGUAAUUUUAUCAUAUUAAUGAAGCAUUUCAGUUUGAUGUUUGAGAA